UCCCGUGGAUGUGUAUUUGAGUCGCAUAGCGUUUGAACGAAAACAGUUGGAAUCCACACUUCAUUGAAACUGUGUUUUCUUCGUUAGAGCUCGUUUUUUACCGAAAUACUACGUAAUUUUUGAUAUUCUUGUGAUGGCAGCAACACUUGCAGCACCAGCUAAGCCAAAGUCCGUAUCACGGCCUAAACAUUGGAGUGUAGAAGUUGAAGAGGCGUAUAGAUUUCAAAUAGCUGGAUAUCGAGAUGCUGUAGAGUAUGGAGAUAUCAAUAAAACUGCAGUGGAGCGAUGGCCUCAUAACAAUUAUGUUAAAAAGCUUCAAAGAAAAGAUGGCUACUUUGUGUAUUUCAACAAAACUAGAGAAUGUGCCGAUAAGGAUGUGAAUAAAUGCAAGAUGUAUGGAUAUUGAUUGACUGCAUAAACAAAUUCAUAGGAUAUUUGAUAAGAAGAUCUUUAUUCGUGUAUUAAUAAUCUCUAUUGUACAAACAAGGUUUAAAAAUAGCAAUAUUUAUGUUAAUAUGGCUCUAAUGACUGAUUACUUGCUUGUAAAUUUAAACUCUUCUCAAUGACAUGUAUAUUUUGUAGAUACUUUUAAGUAUUAAAAUCAUUCAUAGAUUGAUAAUAAAACUGCAUUUAGAUUUUAC